AUGAGCGGAGCAUCCGACUAUACGACCCGCAACUACCCGCCCGAGAACGACACGACCUCCUCAGGCGGCUUCUCCGCCCAACACACCUUCGCGCCCCAGAACCAGCGCCGCGCCGACCACUUCGCCGCCGCGCCCUCCGCGAACCCGAACCCGCCGGGCACGACCGGCACCGGACUCGUCGGCGAGGCGGGCCGCGACUUUGGCGCGGACAACCAGCAGGUGGCCGAGGGUCGCCAGCGUGGUGGAUUUGGCGGACGGGGAGGGCAGCGGGAGGACAUCGGGGCGCAGGGCGAGAUGGUGGACGAGAGCGAGAUGAUGUGA